AUGUACAGGCAGAUUCUCGUGCACCCCGAAGACCGAGACUUGCAGCGGAUCCUAUGGAGACGGCAAGGCACCGACAACAUCCAGGAGUAUCGGCUCAACACCGUGACGUACGGAUUGGCCUGUGCUCCUUUCCUGGCGAUCAGAACUCUUCGCCAAUUAGCCGACGACAAAGAGCCCGGAAAUCCCAAGGGGGCUGUCGUUUUGCGGCGCGACUGCUACGUUGAUGACAUCGUCACCGGCGCCAGUACUCUGUCCGAGGCAGUCGAAACGCAGAGGCAGUUACGCCGGCUCUGCAUGGCGGGCGAGUUCCCCUUGAGGAAGUGGGCCUCAAAUCACAAGACAAUCCUCGAGGACAUCCCAAGGGAGCAUCAACUCCAGCAGCCUCAUCACGACUGGGAGGACGACGCUCAUCCAACGCUGGGCCUGCGAUGGCACCCCCGCAGCGACUUCUUCACGUUCCGCCUUCAGCCUCGCGCAACUGGAUCGCUGACGAAGCGACUGGUCUUGGCAGAGACGGCUCGGAUCUUCGAUCCUUUAGGUUGGUUAACUCCAGUCGUUGCUCGUGCCAAGAUUCUCAUUCAGUCAGCCUGGAUGAAGCACCUGGAUUGGGACUCCCCACUGCCUAAGUCAGAUGAGACUUUAUGGAGACGCCUCCUUGAUGAUCUUCCGCUGUUGGAGCAGCUUCGGCUAACACGAUGGCUGAACACUGACGAGCAGCCACAAGUUGAGCUCCACGGGUUUGCUGACGCAUCAGAGCGAGGUUACGCAGCAACCGUCUACCUCCGCGUGGCGGGCUCCUCCGCUUCAAUCAGUAGCCUGCUUGCUGCAAAAAGCAAGGUUGCACCCAUUAAGCCCGUGUCUCUACCGCGUUUAGAAUCGUGCGCCGCAGUUCUAGUUAGCAGUUCUAACCUGACUUUCCAUCUCCGCAAGACCUUAGGCUUGGUUUCAGCUCCAGUCACUUUAUGGUCGGAUUCCCGGGUGACUCUCCAAUGGAUCCAGGGUCAUGCCUCCAGGUGGAAGACUUUCGUGGCCAACAGGGUGUCCCACAUCCAGACGAAGCUUCCAGAGGCACGAUGGCGACACAUCCCAGGACGAGUCAACCUUGCCGACUGCGCUUCUCGGGGGAUUGAGUCACGGGAUCUUCUCAACCACUCCCUCUGGUGGACGGGACCCCCAUGGCUCGUCGAGGAUCCGUCGCUUUGGCCACAGAACGACCACGCCAUCCACGACGUCGAGGUGCCGGAGACGAGAGCAAUCACCUCUCACUUGACGUCUGCACGGAGGACCGAACCGGAGAUGCUCAUCAGGUUCUCCGACCUCCAUCGCCUCUUGAGAGUCACAGCUUGGUGUUGCCGAUGGAGAGGCAACCCACUGAGCUCCAAGGCUUACCUCAACCUCACGGCCGACGAGUUGGAGGCGGCCCUGCUCCGUUGGCUCCGCUUGGUGCAAUCUCACCAUUUCUCCAAGGAGAUCACCGCCCUGAAACAGAAUAAAGGGUUAGUCAAGGAUCAGCUAGCGAAUUUGACCCCCUUCCUCGACAUUCAGGGAAUCCUUCGAGUUGGGGGCCGGCUGAAGCACGCAGUGCUCUCAGAUGAUGAGCGCCACCCAAUCAUCGUACCUUCAGAUUCGUGGCUGACACAUCUUCUCGUCAGGGCUCAUCACAGACGAACUCUCCACGGCGGGGUUCAGCUCACUCUCGGCCUGCUCCGCCUACGGUAUUGGAUUCCUCGAGGUCGCUCCAUCGUCAAGAGGGUCAUCCACCGAUGCGUAACGUGUGCAAGAUGGAAGGCUGCAGUGCCGCAGCCCAUGAUGAGCAACCUUCCGACGGCGCGAGUCGCUCCAGCACGUCCAUUCUUGCGGACUGGAGUUGAUUACGCCGGGCCGAUCCUGAUCCGAACCACCAAGGGGAGAGGACACAAAUCGCACAAAGGAUUCAUCGCAGUUUUCAUCUGCCUCACCACCAAGGCCGUACAUCUGGAAGCCGCGUCGGAUUAUUCCACGGACGCAUUCCUCGCUGCAUUCCGGCGCUUCACUUCCCGUUGGGGCCUCUGCGAGGAAGUCUACUCGGAUUGCGGCACAAAUUUUGUCGGCGCAAACCGAGAACUGCGAUUCCUGUUCCAGACGUCGUCAUCCGACGGCCGGCGCAUCGCCCACACAGCAGCGUCCGACGGAAUACGGUGGAGAUUCAAUCCGCCGGCGGCACCUCACUUCGGCGGGCUUUGGGAGGCAGCGGUGAAAUCCACCAAACACCACCUGCGAAGAGUUCUCGGAGACACGACCCUCACCUUCGAGGAAAUGUCUACAUUCCUCGCUCAGGUGGAGGCGUGCCUCAACUCUCGUCCACUUCAGGCACUGUCCGAUGACCACGACGACUUAACGGCGCUCACUCCGGAUCACUUUCUAAUCGGGGCUCCCUUGCUGGCAGUGCCCGAACCCUCACUGGCAGACGUCAACGUCAACCUCUUGUCCCGCUGGAAACUUCUCCAACGGAUGCGCGACCACUUUUGGGAAAGGUGGUCGCGGGAGUACAUCAACUCACUGGCUUCCCGACCAAAGUGGUUGAAGGACACAGCAAGUCCCACCGUCGGCGGUCUGUGUCUAGUGCGGUCGGACAUCACUACACCAACCCGAUGGCCACUCGCUCGGAUCACCAAGCUGCACCCUGGGGACGACGGCGUGACACGCGUGGUCACGGUGCGCACCGCAUCCUCGGAGCUCCUCCGGCCUCUGGCGAAGAUCGUCCUUCUGCCGGGAGCCGACGUUACAGCACCAACACAUCCGGAGUCGUGA